AUGCCGCCCCGUGUCCCGAUAUCGCGCCUGCCGAGGCUUACGCUAUUCACUGGAGGUCCCGAAUGUGGUCUCUGUGAGGUUAGUCGAGAGCUGAGGAAUGCCGAUCAUGCUAACUUCCAGGUCGCACUCGACUACUUGGAUCUCGUUUACGAGACACACCCGUUCGACUUGGAGCUGUUCAACAUCCGAGAUCCCCCGAAGGAGGCUGACCCUAUGGAAGCCAACAAGUGGAAGCGCAUGUACCAAUACGACAUUCCCGUGCUUCACCUUGAGGGAAAGGAGGUUCAGAGGAACAAGAUCAAUACGCCUGAGUUGAAGAAGAUACUCGAGGAUUGGCAAGCUCAGAGACGGGAAGAGCAGCAGGCUUCCAAGUGA